AUGGAGUCUCAGAAAGUGAUCGACCACUUAUUACUACAUAUUGGAAGGGAAAUGAACAUGGCGAUGCAUACACUUGGUGUAGAGCGCAGUAUAUUUAAAAUUGCCAUCUUCUUCGUUGAACGCGGUGCAAGUUACGACUCCAUCGAUGAAGUCACAGUUAACCUACUCGUCACCGGUAUCGAGCAGUUCUUUGGCAUCGAUUCUUACUCGUGUCUCAUCAUAAUCCCUUUGUCGACAACCUUCGCUUCGGUUAUCGCUUGA